CCGUCGUAGCCAAUCAGUAGCUAGGAGUCCGGAAAAGAGCGAGGCCUAGUUAGGAGCCGCUGGCGCCACCAGAGGAGGGCGAGCAGCGCGGCAGAGCGCGGCGCUUGAGGUUUUGGUAUGAACAGGAUUCGGAUCCACGUCUUGCCAACCAAUCGGGGGAGGAUCACUCCAGUGCCCAGAUCUCAGGAACCUCUGUCCUGUGCAUUCACUCAUCGUCCAUGCUCUCAGCCUCGUCUGGAGGGGCAGGAGUUUUGCAUUAAGCAUAUCCUUGAAGACAAAAAUGCACCGUUCAAGCAGUGUAGUUAUAUAUCGACGAAGAAUGGAAAAAGAUGUCCCAAUGCUGCCCCAAAGCCGGAGAAGAAAGAUGGGGUGGCCUUCUGUGCUGAACAUGUCCGUAGGAAUGCCCUGGCACUUCAUGCUCAAAUGAAGAAGACCAACCCAGGGCCUAUGGGUGAAACACUCCUAUGCCAGCUGAGCUCAUAUGCUAAGACAGAGCUGGGGUCUCAGACUCCAGAAAGUAGUCGCAGUGAAGCCAGCCGAAUAUUAGAUGAAGACAGCUGGAGUGAUGGGGAGCAGGAACCCAUUACUGUGGAUCAGACAUGGAGAGGUGACCCUGACAGUGAAGCUGAUAGCAUAGACAGUGAUCAAGAAGAUCCCCUAAAACAUGCUGGUGUCUACACGGCAGAAGAAGUAGCCCUGAUUAUGCGUGAGAAGCUAAUUCGUUUACAGUCUUUGUACAUUGAUCAGUUUAAACGACUUCAGCAUCUGCUCAAGGAGAAGAAGCGCCGGUACUUACAUAAUCGCAAAGUGGAACAUGAAGCUCUAGGCAGUAGUCUGCUGACGGGCCCAGAGGGACUUUUGGCCAAAGAACGAGAGAACUUAAAACGAUUAAAAUGUCUGCGUCGAUACCGCCAGCGAUAUGGAGUGGAAGCCUUACUGCAUAGGCAGUUGAAAGAACGCAGAAUGCUGGCCACAGAUGGUGCCACCCAACAGGCCCAUACCACUCGUUCCAGUCAGAGGUGCUUGGCCUUCGUAGAUGAUGUUCGUUGUUCGAAUCAGUCUCUUCCAAUGACCAGACACUGCCUUACCCAUAUUUGUCAGGAUACGAAUCAGGUUCUCUUCAAGUGCUGCCAGGGAUCUGAAGAGGUACCCUGCAACAAACCUGUUCCUGUAAGCCUCUCUGAGGAUCCCUGCUGCCCACUCCAUUUCCAGUUGCCUCCUCAGAUGUAUAAGCCCGAGCAGGACUUGGAUGUUGUGGGUGAUGGUAUGCAGUGUCCUCCUUCACCUUUGCUUUUUGAUCCUUCACUAACCCUUGAAGAUCAUUUAGUCAAAGAAAUUGCUGAAGACCCAGUGGAUAUUUUGGGCCAGAUGCAGAUGGCUGGAGAUGGGUGCAGAUCCCAGGGAUCUCGAAAUUCUGAGAAGGCUUCUGCACCAUUGUCUCAGAGUGGAUUGGCUACUGCAAAUGGGAAGCCAGAACCCACUUCUAUUAGUUGAUAGUUUUGGGAACCAUUUUACUUUGGCAGAUUUAAAUUUCUCAUUCUUCAAAGAAGUAUUUCUGAUCAUCUCUCACAAAACACAGGCAACUCAACUACCUUGUUUUUCUUCUGGAUUGAGUAUUACAGUCAGACAUAAAACCAAAUUUUGAGGGAAUAGACUGAUACUUUUGAAAAGUUGUGGGUUUUUUGGGAAGACAAAGAGCUUUGAUAAUCCUUAUCAAAGCUUCUGGGAUUAUUUGGGACUAUACCUAAAAGGAAAGAGACAUCUUUGUAAUGGGAUUUCCAAAGUCAUGGAUAGAAAUCCACUUAAGUAGCUAGGUGGGAGCUGUCUUUGUGAGUGGUGUCUUUGAGAUAGUGAUGGCCCUAAUAUCUGGUUAUCUCUAUCUAAAGGCCUUGCAGUUCAGCGUUUCUUUACCUCUACUUAAUUGAGCAGUCUUGAACCCCUUUCCCUGGUGAAUUCUGGCUUUUAUCCUCUGAGAAAAUAGCCCACAGGACUGGGUCCUCCUUAUCCAUCUUGCUUUUAACCUAUGUAAAUUUCUGUGGUGGCUAUCUUAUGUAAAAUAGAGUAAAAAUUUAUUGUAUAUAGUUUCUAUUAAAUGUUAAAGAAAAUGUUAUGAAAAUAUCAGUCACCUGAAUUGAAUGCAUGUUUGUUUGAGAGUAUAGUCUUUUUUACGGUUUUAGGGACCUAUCUGAUGGGAAAGGGAAGUUGGGACAGAUAAUACUUCCAUCCCAGGAAGUAAACUUUCAGUAGCUCA